AUGGGGCAUUUAGAUGCAGAAGGGCGUAUAACAUCUUCGGGAUCUUUUACGGUUCUAUCAUACAACAUAUUGUCUGAUUCAUAUGCCUCAAGUGAAUUAUACAAUUACUGCCCUUCGUGGGCUCUUUCGUGGCUUUAUCGCAGGCAAAAUUUGUUACGAGAAAUAGUUGGUUACCGUGCUGAUAUUAUUUGUCUUCAGGAGGUUCAAAGUGAUCAUUAUGAGGAAUUUUUUGCCCCUGAACUGGAUAAACAUGGUUAUUAUGGUCUUUACAAGAAAAAAACAAAUGAGGUAUUCCUUGGUAAUGCCCAUACAAUUGAUGGUAGUGCGACAUUUUUUCGUAGAGACAGAUUUUCACAUGUGAAAAAAUACGAGGUUGAAUUUAAUAAGGCUGCACAGUCAUUAACAGAUGCAAUGUUUCCAACCUCUCAGAGGAAAACUGCCUUGAAUCGGCUGGUUAAGGUUGUUUAUUGCAUGAAACAUGAUACUUUUGAUAUUUUGAAUGAAGAAAUUAUCUGUAAUAGAGCUGUCACACUAUCAGUAAUAAUUGAUGAGUAUAAAGUUAUCCAUAAAUCGCAGAGAGAAACUCAAUAUGUCAGGAAAUCGUUCAAGUUCAGUGACAGACAAAUUAUAUACAAAUAGCAUAUAGAUACAAACCUGCCCCAGAUUUUGCUUCUCUAUCUCCGAGAGCUCAACCAAAUCUUUGGUACUAGCUUGUUCCACUUUCGAACGGCAAAGAGGCAUCGAGAAACAAACAUCCUAGUUGCCAUAAGUAUAAUAGUUAUUCACCAAAAUAAAUAGUAAUUGGAGAUUCUAGUACAAUAAGCUACUAAAACAACCCUUUGGAUAAAAAGCAAACUCUGGUAGCACAAAGAGUACCUAAAGUUUUAAGUAGUUUUAGAUAAACUGCAUAACUCAGGAUUAACCUUGGAUGCUUCAGUCAAACUAUGGACCCGAAAAGGCACUAAGGGCCAGAAAAUAAGAGAACUAUAUUGCUAAGCAAACAAAAAUGUGAAGCUGAGAAUAUACGUAGUUAAAGCAGUAUUGCAUACUAAAUGCAUAAUUCAUGAGUUUUUUUUUUAGAUAUAUUAUCUUUUAGACUCUAGAUACUAUUUUAUUUGAGUUUUAGGGUUUAAUGGGUGUCAUACUCAAAUAUAAAUAAGUUUUUAGGGUUUCAGUCCCCAAAAUACUAAAGCCGCUUUUGUUACUCUUUUCCCAUCAAAAGAGUUGUAAUUCAGCCACUUAGGAAUACAAAAGACUUUGGUUGAGGAAGAUCGAAAGAAUUACAAGAUCCAAAUUCUUCUGUCAAAUUU